CUCAUAGCUGUUUGGGUUAGACUCACACAGCACAGCACACACUCUCUGUGCCGACCUGACCUCACAAGUCAUUCAUAUUUCCAAUAUCAACAUUACACAGGACCUGCUCUGCUGCUUUGUCUGUGAAAUCUGCAGGGAUAAUAAUGAUGCUUUUCUGCAAUCUCAGAGCAAUGAAAAGGAGGCUGGUUAUUUGGAGUCUGCUAAACAUCCUGACUGUGCUGUGUACAUCAGCUGUUGAUGUUGAUACAAACACAACUAUAACUCCUGUGGACAACAAAAGUCCCAUUACCGCAACUGAAAAUAUCAAAGAAACAACCACAAAAAGUGCAACAAUUGUUACUUCAAUAACAUCACAGCCAUCCACAAUGUCAACAGUUCAUCCCACCACAGCUGGAUCAAUAACACCUGCUAAGAGCUCUGAAACAAGUAAUAGAAGCACCACAGAGAGUAUGCAACAAACGUAUGUCAGUACUAGCACUAAUACUAGUUCAACUGUCUCUGAUAAACCUGAGGAAACAGAAUCAUCCAGCCAAGCAAAUGCAACGACUGCAACUCAGACUUCAACUGAUUUAACGAUCAGUUCAGCAGCUGUGACCAGUAUAUCACAUACCGCCAUGAUCACUACUACAGACAGGGAAUUGGAAGAGAGUACCAACGUUACUACAGAGAUGCCUUUAUCAAUAGACUGUAAAACUCUUAGGAAUCAAGAGUCAACGUCUCAGGUGGUCUGCCUGCAAUACAAAGAGAAAAUAAACUGUGAUGACCUCCCUGUGGACAAGAAGACUUUGCUGAAACAUAUUUUAUGUAAUUCAUCUAUUCAAAGCUAUGGCCACUGUAACCUAACCCUGUUUUCUUCAGAGGUGUACCCUAACUGUAUACUGUUUCCUGUUGCUUUAGCCAGCGAAGGUGGCUCAGGACAUAUUAAGAAGCAUCAUUCAGUUUUUGAGGAGAAUGGAAUCACUCUGAAGUGGGGUCAGAUUUCAGAUCACCAAACAAAAACACAGAAAACUAUGAUAGCAUUGGUCACCUCAGGGGUUCUGCUGGCUGCACUGGUUCUGGCAGGUUAUUUUCUGUCCAACAAAAAGAGCUGGAGUCCUGGAAGACAGAGACUGGGUGAAGACUAUACAGAAACAGAUACGCAAGGGAACACUUUGGUGUCUGUGUCUACACAGGGGCAGGAGAAGCCUAAGAGCGGGAACCGCGAGAAUGGAGCAGGCCAAGUGGUUAACGUGAACACAACCAAUGGACACUCAAACAAGAAACAAGGCCUGUCAGACACUGAGUUAUAAAGGAGGCAUCAGAUGACUUAAAGAUCAAACUAGGGAAAUAGAUCGGUUAUGUUGUUUUUCAGUGCUGAGGAAACACAGCCAUCUUUGUUAAGGACGACACUAAAGUGUGAGAUGACAGUACUUGGCAAAACCAAGGAAAAUGCAGCAUCCAAUUUAAUGAAUUUAGGGCAGGCAUUUUUUAUUUUACUUAUAAUGUCUUUGGGUUGUCUUGAUUCUUAAAGGGACAUGAAACCCAAAAAAUUUCUUUCAUGAUUCAGAUAGAUUAUACAUUUUUAAACAACUUUCCAAUUUAGUUCUGUUAUCACUUGUUCUUUUUUCUCUUGGUAUCUUUUAUUGAAGAAGCAGUAAUGCACUCCUGUGAGCUAGCUGAAUACCUUUGUAAGCCAAUGAAAAAGGGGCAUACAAGUUCAGUCACCAAUCAGCAGCUAGCGCUAAGCUCAUGAACCUAUAUAGAUAGCAACAAAGGAUAUAAGAGAAUGAAGCAAAUUAGAUCAUAGAAGUAAAUUCAAAAGUUGUUUAAAUUGUAUGCUCUAUCUGAAUCAUGAAAGAACAUUUUUGGUUUCAUGUCCCUUUAAGUAAAAAAAAACCCAACUAAACAAAAACCAUAUAUAUAUAUUCCAAAAUGCUAAGUUACUGAUAGAUCUGAGAUGAUACACUGAGUGUGGAUCAGAAUAAUGUAAAUAGGGGUGAAAAACUACUGUAACAACUCACAAAAACAGUAGUUUUCCGUCAUUUUAUACAGUACAAUCUGUUACAUGAAGAGAAAAAUGUAAAAUAGUUUGCAAAACUGCUCUGAACUUUAUAUUAGCAAACCUCCAAAAUGAACCCAAACUGGACAAUAUGAAAAAAAAAGAAACAUUUCAUUUAUUUGAGCAUGUUGUAUGAAGGGUUAUGUGUUAAGUAUCCUGUUAACUCUUUAUUAAUCUAGGUUAAUGAUGUAGUUAUUGUAAAACAUUGUUAUUUUAAAAGGACAUUGUAGUGCAAAAAAGUACAUUCUCUAAUUUGUUAUCCUAUGUCCGUUUUUUCGCUACUCGCACAGGAACGUUAUGUGUUUAAACUCCUGCUCAGUCUGUACCUGAAACAGUUGUACAACCUGCCAGUCACUGCCUGUUUUUGUUCGGGAGCUGUUUGUGGCUGCAAGCAACAUUUUACCUAUGUGUUUAACCUCUUUGCAGGGGGUUAAACACGGAAAGUUCCAAAGUGAGUGCAAGAAUUACACACAGAUUAGAGUGUGUUCAUUUUGCAAUACAAAGUCUCUAUAUGUAUAGACCAGUUUUGGGCAAGUGGCAACCAAGUGCCCAGAGCCAAAAAGAAUGUAAAUUGCCACACCAACCUGCAUGCAGACAUAUACACCUCAAUUUAUACACACGUGCACUUACACUCAACACUCACAAAUAGUUUUGCUAUAACUAACUUGACUACAGGUUUAAUAUAAGUGUUGGCCAAUUUUAAGACUUUUUACUGAUAUGUGAAAAUGUAAAUGUUACUGAGUGUUCAUCAGUAUGAAUUGUGUGUAUUACAAUGCUGUCCAUUAGAUCAUUAAAUAGUUUUAUCAUAUCAGACAUCAUAAACAUGUUAUUGGUUAAAGUGAUAUGAAACCCAACAUUCUAUAUCAAUAUUAUUUAUAUAGAACAUACACUUUUAAAGAACUUUCCAAUUUACUUCUAUUAUCAAAUUUGCUUCCGUCUUUUGGCAUUCUUUGUAGAAGAGCAGUGAUGCACUACCAGGAGCUAGCUGAACACAUUGGUUGAGCCAAUGGCAAGAGGCAUAUGUGUGCAGUCACCAAUCAGCAGCUAUCUCCGAGUAGUGCUUUACUGCUAUUGAGCCUACCUAGGUGUUUACAUAUUCUGAGAGUGUAAAUACUCAUAUUUGCUUUUAUGUUUUAGAUCUCCUUCUAGUGUAGUAUGGCUGCUUUAUGCACUUUUUACGUUCAGACACCUGCUUAACCUUUUCAUUGUAAAGUUUUUAUAUUUAAUACACAGUGUAUAAAAUCAUUCAUAAAAACAGGGGCACUUUAAGUCAUUAAAUGUUUUAAAAAGGCUUUCUUUGUAAGAUAUUUACCAUUUAGUGAUGGUAAACAUUGCACUGUUCCUCCGCCCCUAUCUCAUACUUUAUUUAGCUGAGCGAUGACAAAUUCGGCUUCAUCCAAUCAUUGUUUUGCCCACGAGCUGAACGCUAAGGGGGGCACGCAAUGAUUGGAUGAAGUCAGAUUUGUCAUCUCUUAACUAAAUAAAGUAUGAGAUAGGGGCGGAGGAAUGGCGCAAUGUUUACCAUCACUAAAUGGUAAAUAUCUUACAAAGAAAACGUCCUUAAAAAAAUGUAACGACUUAAAAGCGCCCCUAUUUUUAUGAAUGAUUUUAUAUAGUGUCUAUUAAAUAUGGAAACUUUACAAUCACUUUAAGCUUGUUGCAUACAGAGAUGUGAGGGUCAGUGUUCAAAAAAGUGGACACAAUAUUUAUUCAUAACAAUGCCACCCUUAUGCAUCUAUUAGCCCAUUGAACGUCAGUAAGACUCAAACCACUUUGUGAGCACAGUCUUUUUUAAGUUACAAUAUAAUUUUAGAUUACUGUGAAUAAAGGGGAAAAAAGAAAACUCUUUUCAUAUACAUAUAUCUAAAAUUGCAGCUAGGAAUGCAAUUGCAAUGUUUGUUCAAAAAGUUACAUUUUAGCAUAUAUCAGAUCACUGCAAAACAUCUACAUCUACAAAUACUUUGUUAAAGCAUUUAGAACUGCCAAUUUGCAGGGCAUUGCAUUUUCAGAGGAGUCUAAGGAUAAACCCCUUGAAAAGCCUGGUAAAAAUUAUGUUCUUGGUCUCCUUUGCUGUGGCCAAUAGUGGCUGUUCUGAGGUAAAAAAAAAUUAUACUCUUUGUUGCAUUGUCCUAUACACAAAUAAGGGGCGAUUUAUCAAACUGAAGUAGACAGGGGCGCACAUACGUGCCCCUGUCUGCCGCAGCUCGCCUCUUGCGGGCUGAAUUCCCCUGGCGGAAUUUAGCAUUGCACAAGAGCGCUAUUUUGCUCUCGCAUGCAAUCCCACCCCCUGCCCGCGCACAGCCAAUCACGCGCAGGCAGGAGCUGUCAAUCUCCCCAGUUGGACUUGACCGCAGAGAUUGAAAUUCGCCACCUAAGAGGUGGCGAAAGGGUAGGGAAGCAACGGUCUGAUAACCGCUGCUUGUUAAAUACAGCGUGCAGGUUUUCUUGUGAGAACCUGCAGUCGUAGGCAGGCAAAGCCUGCCGAAAGGGCUUGAUAAAUCGGCCCCAAAAUCUCACUGCAGUAUUCACUCCAGGUUUCCACUCCCUCUGCAGGGAGGGGGAAGGGCAUAAGUUGCAUGUAAAAAUAAUAGCAAGAGCCAGCAAAAUAAAUUAUACAUUUACAUUGCAAGGAUUUUGCUGUGCUUAAUGAAACAUUUUAAAGGGACAGUAAAGUCAAAAUUAAAGUUUCAUGAUUUAGAUAAAGCAUUGAACUAAACAACUGUCCAAUUUAUAUCUAUUAAUCAAAUGUGCUUUGUUCUCUUGGUGUCCAUUGAUGAAGAGUAAACAUAGGUAGGCAACUGAUAGUAGCUUAGGAGCAUGCAUUUGUCUUUAUCCAUCUUUCAGCAGAGUUUGCAACUAUGUAUAACUAUGUAUAACAUUGGUAUAAAAAUUGGAUUACUUACAACAUUGAUAAUAUAAACUGUAAAGUUCAUGCUCUAUCUAAUUCAUUUAAAUGUCAUUUUUACUAUACUGUCUCUUUAAGGGAGAUUGAAGUCUCUAACUACAUUAGCAUAUACUAAAAGUUUGUUUUACAAUUGAUUGGGUUAGAAGAAAGAUUUACAAUUCUUUAUCUAUAGGUUACAUGUGAAUAGAAGACGUGGAAAUAAAAUGACAGGUUUUUUUGUUCUUCACUCAAUUACAGCAUUCAGCCGGAAUACUUUAUAUAUAUUACAGCUUCUAAUCACUGCAAUCACUGUAAAUGUUGACAGCUAUUUUAAUGCAUUGAAGUACCUGGUGUAAAAAGUUAUGUUUUUAUAACAGCUUUUUUAUUUUUAAAAAUGUUUCUAUAUUAAAUAGUGUUACAUCUUACUUUCUUAGGAAGGAAAAUAAAUAAAUUGAGUUUCUUUACAUCAAA